GUUUUACCUUGUGCUGAAUUGCAAUUCUUGCUUCCUCCCUUGUUUCUCCAAGACAGAUGGUUGCCGAAAUGGACAAUUCUCCCACCUACAAAAACAAGUGAACCGGGAGAAAGAAAGAAGCUUAAAGCCUAUUUUGAUUAAACCUCUCCCAAACCGGGAUGGUAUCGUCAUGUGGGAUAGACUUUGGUCGCGACAGGAUCCGAAGCAGUGGACAUUCACCAUAUAAACACCACAUCCAACUCUCCCCUGCAUGAUGCCUAAACAACGCCAAUAUGUCGAUGCAGACUAUAACCUCCAAAGGCAUCUACCAUGGCCUGCCAACCUUCCCCGACGACCUCACCGGUCCCACAGCGAUCGUAUGCGGUGCCAAUGGUAUCUCGGGCGAUCACAUGCUCCGCGUGCUCUGCGAAUCCCCCAAACGCUGGACAAAGAUAUUUGCCCUGUCCCGACGACCGCCAAACAAACAAUGGCCGAGCCACGUAGAGCACGUGUCCAUGGAUUUCCUAAACCCACCCACACAGCUAGCCGCCCAAAUGAACGAGCAGAACAUCAAAGCCGACUACGUCUUUUUCUUCGCCUACGUCCAACCCACCCCCAAAGAAGGCGGCAGCAUCUGGAGCGCCAACGAAGAAUUGGUCAAACUUAACACCCAACUCCUCCAAAACUUCCUCACAGCCCUAACCCUCACCACCCUCCCCAAAACAAUCCUCCUCCAACAAGGCGCAAAAUACUACGGCCUACACCUCGGCCCCACCACCGUCCCCCAAGAAGAAUCCGACCCCCGAAUUCCCCUCGAGCCCAACUUCUACUACCCCCAAGAAGACACCCUCAAAUCCUUCGCCCAAGAACACAACAUCUCGUGGAUAAUCACCCGCCCGUCCGCCAUCCUAGGCGCCGUCCCGGACUCCGCAAUGAACAUCUGCCUUCCCCUCGCCAUCUACGCCUCGAUCCAGAAACAUCUCGGCAAGCCCCUCGAGUACCCUGCCGACUUGGCCUCCUGGGAAGCAAGCAAAGAUCUCUCCAGCGCGCAAAUGAACGGAUAUCUCGCUGAAUGGGCUGUGUUAACGGGAAAUGUGAACCUGAGUGUCAAUGCGACGAAUGAUUGCGCUUUUACGUGGGAGAAGUUCUGGCCGUGUCUUGCGGAGAGGUUUGGUGUGGAGUGGAAGGGGCCGGACGUGGAUGUAGGUGAGGGUGAGGGGUAUAAGGAGGUCGAGACGUGUAAUCCGCCGCCGAGGGGGUUUGGGCCACCCGGGAAGUUGAAAUGGAGGUUUACGUUCUCGGAGUGGGCGAAGAGGGAGGAGGUGCAAGGGGCGUGGAGGGUGAUGGCGCGGAGGUAUGGGUUGAGGGAGAGGGAAUUGUUGGAUAUGGAGAGGGUUUUUGGGUUCGUUGAUGCGGUGCUUGUGUGGUCGUGGCCGAUGCAGUUUAGUACUACGAGGAGGAAGAAGUUGGGGUUCUUUGGGUUUGUGGAUAGUACCGAGUCGGUGUUGAGGGUUUUGGAUGAGUUUGUUGAUUUGAAAAUGAUUCCGCCGAAUGAGUAGAGGGUUUGGUGCACGGAUAAGUAUUGAAGAUUGGAAAGUUAAUUUAUUGGGCCCCGAUGAGAAAUGUUCACUAAUUAUUCU